CACCCCAGUCCUGGUGCAGGAUAAACAAGAUCAGCUGUGACACACACACACACACACACACACACAGACAGACAGACAGGACGCUCAGAGGGAAAAGAUGAUGCUGAUGCACCCGGGCACGGAUGAAGUGGUCAAGCACAGGAUGUUGCAGGCCAAGUUGCUGUCGAGAGAAGCCAGAGGAGAGCGUCUGAAUCUGGGAAAGAAGAUGAGCGUUCCGCGAGACGUGAUGAUGGAGGAGCUCAACCUGCCGUCCAAUCGAGGCUCUCGUAUGUUUCAGGAGAGGCAGAAGAGACUGGAGAGGUUCACGCUGGAGAACAGCCCCGAUACUGUUCACUUCAACAUGAGCGCCCACCCGGUGACCGUUCCUCCCCCGCAAAUCACCCAGGAGCCUCGGGGAGGGAAGGAGAACCAAGCUUUUUCCAUGCCUGGUAAGCACAGCCUGGUCAUGAACCUUCAGAAGACGGUAUCAAAGAAGGGCAGUCCUGAUGUCCUGGCUCCAGGGUAUUCUGGUCCACUGAAGGAGAUUCCUCGUGAGAAGUUCAACACAACAGUGAUUCCCAGAUUAUACUGCUCUCCGUGGAGGGAAGCUUUAGGCCGGAACGAGGAUCUCCUGGAAACCCUCAACGCCCAACUGGCUCCCUUACCACAACGAUACCGCCCUGCCAACUACAGGUGCUUCAACAGGUCUCCCAUGCCUUUUGGAGGUGGAGUGGCUAGCAAGAGAGUGAUACCUGUUGUUGGCUUUGAGGCCGUCGAAUCCCAGGACCUACCUGGUGCCGCUACGGACCGCUUGUGUCAACGGCCUAAUUUCAACAGAGCGCCCGCAGGAUGGGGAGGUCAUCGCUGUCCUGAAUCUAAUGACUUAUGAAAAGAACCAAUCAGCUUCAGACUACCAUGCAGCUCUAACAAAGAAAUGAAGAGUUAUUUUCACAGGAUGACACAGAAUUAUCAAGAUGCGUAAAGAUGAUCAGUUCAACGCUACAUGUUUCUGUCACCUUUGGUUUAUUUAUAUACACUGGGGCUAUCAUCUUAAUAGGAGAAAAUAAUAUUCAAAGAAAAACAACUCUUAAUAAACUAUGUCAU